UCUAGAUUUUCAUUCGCAUCACAUAAACACAGACGAUUAAAAUCGCACACUUCGUUUCGUUUACAUAAAAAUAAAAACAACAAUAACAAUAUCAUGUUUUAUUAUGGAAUUUCGCAACGGUUCUAAAUCUAAUCGAACCAAUUCCAAUGAAUGGAUGAUGUUCGUAUGGUUGGUUGGUUCCGGUCGGUUUUGGAUAAAUGAGGGGGGAUAUUCGCACAACUAAUUGCCGGACUAGCGUUUAGUUAUAAUUUACAUUUGCCAUGUUCAUUUUUACGUUUAUACUUUAAAUUAACGCUAAUUAAAACCAGACAUGACAGUGUGCUUCCGAGUUUCAUGGACCUUGGUUUUUAUCAUUUUCCUGGGAAUUAUUUUAGUUGAGAAUGGAUUGGCCCUAAAGUGCUAUGUCUGUGGGGACCCGGAUAGAAGUUGCAAUGGUUUCGACCCCUCAAAUCCAAAGUACAUAGAAGAUUGUUCCGAGAACGACAAAUCAUGCUUCCGGAUAAUGGACGGCAACGUUACGAAAAGAUCAUGCGACCCGAAUAAAAUCAACGAUUGCCAAAAGGCGAACCAAGUCGAAUACUGUUAUUGCUCGAAAGAUCUGUGCAACGGUGACCAGCUUCUGGAAACCACCGACGACGAGGACAUAUUGGAAGGGAGCGGGUCAAAUAAAUUAUCCAAAGAGAUUGUUGCAACAACCACGGUAACCACGGUUACGCAAAAAACUAGCCGAGCCAGUAUUAAAAAUGUUAACGGUUAUUUUGUUGUAUUUAUCGGUAUUACCAGUAUUAUAGAAGUAUUAUUUAUGUAGCAGUAGCUUUUAUGUGGUUGUGGGGAAUUUUUAUACCAAAGCAGUGUCAAUUAUCUUGAUAUCGAUUACGUGUAUGUCUGUGCCAAAAUCGUGUGGGAUACUACGAGGAUCGUUCCGAAAUUGUGCAAAUUUUCUGAUGAAUUUCCAAUUUUCUAUAAAAAUAUGGUGCCUAUCUGUAUUUUAUAAAUAAAAUAAUGGUCAUUAUUAUAGCAA